AUGUUAAAGAAAAACUACACAGCAGUAACUGAGUUCAUUUUCCUGGGACUGACAGAUCGAUCAGAGCUGCAGCCUGUGCUCUUUGUGGUCUUCCUACUCAUCUACCUCAUCACAGUGGCUGGCAAUGUGAGCAUGAUUUUCUUAAUCAGAAGUGACACCAAGCUCCACACCCCUAUGUACUUCUUCCUUAGCCACCUUUCAUUUGUAGAUCUCUGUUAUGCCACCACAGUCACCCCUCAGAUGUUGGUUAACUUUUUAUCCAAGAGAAAAACCAUUUCCUUCAUUGGCUGCUUUUUUCAGUUCCACUUUUUUAUUGCCCUGGUGAUCACAGAUUAUUAUAUGCUUGCAGUGAUGGCUUAUGACCGCUACAUGGCCAUCUGCAAGCCCUUGUUAUAUACUAGCAAAAUGUCCAAAGGUGUCUGCCUUUCCCUUGUGGCUGCACAGUACAUUUACGGCUUUGUAAACGGUCUGAUACAGACUAUCCUGAUGCUUCGUUUGAAUUUCUGUGGCCCCAAUGAGAUCAAUCACUUCUACUGUGCAGACCCCCCUCUCAUGGUCCUUGCUUGCUCAGACACCUAUGUGAAAGAAACUAUGCCCCUCACAAACAGCACCAAAAUUACAGAAUUCAUUUUACUGGGGCUCACGGAUCGCCCAGAACUGCAGCCACUCCUCUUCGUGCUGUUUCUGCUGGUUUACCUUGUCACUGUCUUAGGCAACAUGGGCAUGGUGGCCCUGAUCAGCCUGGACUCCCGCCUUCACACGCCCAUGUACUUCUUCCUCAGUAACUUGGCAUUUGUGGACCUGUGCUAUACAUCAACUGCAACCCCACAGAUGUUGACUAAUUUCUUAUCAGACAAGAAAACCAUUUCCUUCAUUGGCUGCUUUAUCCAGUGCUACCUUUUCAUUGCCCUUCUCCUCACAGAGUUUUACAUACUGGCAGCCAUGGCCUAUGACCGCUAUGUGGCCAUAUGUAAUCCUCUGCGUUACAGUGUGAAAAUGUCCAGGCAGGCCUGCAUUUGCUUGGCUGUAUGUCCUUAUGUCUAUGGCUUUUCAGAUGGGCUAUUCCAAGCCAUCCUGACCUUCAGUAUGACCUUCUGUAAAUCCAAUGUCAUCAAUCAUUUCUACUGUGCUGACCCACCACUCAUUAAGCUGUCUUGCUCUGAUACUUAUAUAAAAGAACAUGCCAUGUUAAUAUCAGCAAGCUUUAACCUCUCCAGCUCCCUCACAAUAAUUCUGGUAUCUUAUGCCUUCAUUAUUGCUGCCAUCCUAAAGAUCAAAUCAGCUGAAGGAAGGCGCAAGGCAUUCUCUACCUGUGGUUCCCACAUGAUGGCUGUCACAUUGUUUUAUGGGACUCUCUUCUGUAUGUAUGUAAGACCGCCCACUGACAAGACUGUUGAGGAAUCCAAAAUAAUAGCUGUCUUCUACACCUUUGUAAGUCCAAUGCUGAAUCCAUUGAUCUAUAGCCUGAGGAACAAAGAUGUAAAGCAGGCAUUGAAAACAAUACUCAGGCGAAACGUUAACAGGACAGCAAUGAUGCCUCCAUUUUCCAAUAAAAUACAAUUAUAA